AUGGCAGACAACCCGUUUAAUUUAUAUCGUCCCGACACAGUGGGCACGCUAGGCAAAACCAACCUCGACGAGGGAAGCUUUGUGCUCCCAGACGAAAAUGUCCAAGACCACGAGCAGCAGCCGCAGUUCAUGCCCCGGACCUACUGGCCAUCGGAAUACGAUGCGAAAAAAAGCCAAGCCCGGCCUGCACUGAAUCUUAACAUCGACUGGCUAAACCCGGCUGCCGUUGAUGUGCUCUACAACAGCGUGGAGGAGACUUACCCUCGUCUGGAUCCAAUGCCGCCGUACAAAGACGGCGUGUAUGACGGAUGUCAGUGGAGUGCACAUCUUGCCGUCGCACACAACUUCUUUCAUGGAACCCUUCAAAACGGCAAUCACGUAAAUUCCGUGGAGAUGACGGCGCUGAUUCGCAUCAUCACCUAUGGGAUGUUUGAUUCGACCACGUUUUUCGCGCCCUUUCUUGUAGACGCUACAGGUAACAUUCUGGAGUCCCGUUUAAAUCCCAACGAAUUCGGGAAGCCGCGGGAGCUGAGGCGGCAUAUACAGACUGGCAAACCACCCAAGGAUAGUUUCAACCAGCAGGACAUGGACUGGAGCAGGAGGAGACUGCGGACCAGGCGCUGGGUCGUCGUGCCGGUUCUGCACGACAGCCGGCAAUGGGGCAUGGCGAUAUUUGACCGCCAGGAGGGGCAGCUGUACAUCUUUGACUGCGGAGACGACGAGUCCAGGCUCCAGAGGUUCAAGUCGGCCAUCCGGGUCUGGGUGCUGUUGUUGGAUAUCCUCGGCCAGCGGCAUAGUUUCCAGUACUUUAUGCCGCGCGUCACGAGGCAGCCCUGUGAGGCUGACUCGGGGCUGCUCUGCGUUGCCUGGCUCAUGGAAGCGCUCAGAAAUCAGGUCGGCAGGCUGAUGACGUCCGGAGACGACAAGGCCAUCAUGACCGAAAUCCUGGACGGCAACCUCUCACUGUGCAGGCAGCCCGGCGCGCGAGACGGGGACCACUACACCAGUUCUCUGCAUUUGCGCGACUGGGUGCCCAGGGUGUCCGAAGGCAAGGGCAUUUUCACACCAAAGGCUCAGUUGAUGGCUGUUCGUAGGAUCAUUCGCGUCAUGGUAGCAAACGAGCUGGGCUUGCGAAACCACCCCUCCGUGCAGCAGAGGUACUACAACAAGGAGGGGAGGCGAGGGGACGAGAGGCUGCCCUCAGCCUUCAGGCUCCUGAAGGAAGCCGCCAGAGAUGUUUUAAAUACUGGUGACACAGUGGAAAGAGAGAGGUACUUCACGGGCCAAGGUGGUCUGCAAUUCGCUUUGCCCACGGGACGGCCUGUCCUGCCUUAUGAUGCUGAGGAGCCUCGGAGGCACAAGCUGCCGGGGACAAACGCCCCGCCGGCCAAGGACGUCCUUCGUAGUCCCUCUCGGCCGUGCGUGGAGUUCUUUAGAAGCUUGGAAGUUCCUGAAAUGCGUACUACGAGGAGAAAAUCAAGGUUAAAUAAAGAGCGUACCCUUGCGGCGCAAGGCAAUGACAAUAGCUUGAAUAUCUGGUGA